CGUAGUCAGCGCUUAGUUGCGAUUUGAGUGUCGCUCGUUUUGGAUUAGCCCGUACCGUCAACGAAUAUGAUAAUAACUGCUAAGUUGGUUAGCAUUUGCCUGGGCGUGGCCCUCACCGCCUUCACCGUCUCCACAAUUGUGCUGGCCGUGCAGAAGUCGAAUUUGAAGUCCGAUUUGCGCGAUGCACAGGAAAAAAUAGAUCUGCUCGAAGCUGGCUUUACGUCCACGACGGCCGUACCCAGUCCCACGAGUGAGAGCUCCACGAUCGCGCCGGAGACCACAGCAGCGCCGGAGAAAAUUGACUAUCGUCUGCCGACCGCCGUGAUACCCACAAACUACGAUCUCUAUUUGUAUCCGAAUAUUGAGACGGGCGAGUUUACGGGCGAGGAGACAAUCAACCUAACCGUGAACGCGCCCACGGACAAGAUAAUAUUGCACUCGCUUAACUUGACUAUCUCAAGUGCGCACAUCUAUCUGGCGACUGAGCCCACCACUUCGGUCAAGGAUUACGAGUUCGAUGCGCUUCGCGAGUUUCUCAUCAUCAAUUUGUCAGAAGAACUGAGCAAAGGCUCAACUGCAUUGCUCACUCUUCAGUUCUCGGGUAGUAUGGAAAACAAAAUUGUGGGUCUCUACAGCUCGUCCUAUGUGAAGGCCGAUGAGAGUCGCAAGAAGAUUGCCACCUCCAAGUUUGAGCCAACCUAUGCUCGCCAGGCGUUCCCCUGCUUCGAUGAGCCCGCCUUGAAGGCCACCUUUGAGAUAACAUUGGUACAUCCGAAGGGCGACAACUACCACUCGCUCUCCAACAUGAAUGUGGAGUCGCAGCAGGAGAAGGAUAGCUACACUGAGGUGCGAUUUGCCAAGAGCGUGCCCAUGAGCACUUACCUCGCUUGCUUCAUUGUCUCCGAUUUUGAGUCGAAGUCGGUGAAGAUCGAUACCAAGGGCAUUGGCGAGUCCUUCGAUAUGGCCGUCUAUGCGACACCCGAACAGAUCGAUAAGGUCGACUUUGCCACGACCGUGGGCAAGGGCGUCAUUGAGUACUACAUAGAUUAUUUCCAAAUUGAGUAUCCGUUGCCCAAGCUGGAUAUGGCUGCCAUACCCGAUUUCGUAUCGGGCGCCAUGGAGCACUGGGGUCUGGUCACCUAUCGGGAGACAUCGCUGCUCUACGAGGAGGCCACCAGCUCCACGGUGAAUAAGCAGCGCAUUGCCAGCGUCAUAGCCCACGAAUUUGCGCACAUGUGGUUCGGAAAUUUAGUUACUAUGCAUUGGUGGAAUGAUUUAUGGCUGAACGAGGGCUUCGCCAGCUUUAUUGAGUAUCUGGGCGUGAAUUCCGUCUUUCCCAAAUGGAAUAUGCGGGACCAAUUUAUUGUGAGCACUUUGCAUGCAGUAUUCAGCUUGGACAGCACUCUGGGCUCACAUCCCAUCAUUCAGAAGGUGGAGAAUCCCGAUCAGAUAACCGAGAUCUUUGACACCAUUACGUAUUCCAAAGGCUCCUCGCUGGUGCGCAUGUUGGAAGAUUUUCUGGGCGAGACAAUCUUUCGCCGGGCGGUUACCAAUUAUCUCAAUGAAUACAAAUACCAGAACGCCGUAACGGGCAACUUCUUUGCGGAGAUUGACAAAUUGGGGCUGGACUUUAAUGUGACGGACAUCAUGCUCACAUGGACGGUGCAGAUGGGUCUGCCGGUGGUCACGAUCGCCAAGGUGUCCGAUACUGAAUACAAAUUGACACAGAAACGUUUCUUGUCCAAUCCCAACGACUAUGACGCGGUGCACGAGCACUCGGAAUUCAAUUAUCGCUGGUCCAUACCCAUCACAUAUACAACCAGCAAAGAUCCCACGGUGAAACGCGAAUGGUUUUACCACGAUCAGAGCGAAAUCACUAUAACUUUGCCAAGUGCUGUGGAUUGGAUCAAGUUUAAUUACGAUCAGGUCGGCUAUUAUCGCGUCAACUAUGAUCAGUCUCUGUGGGCGUCGCUGGCUAAUCAGAUGGUGGCUAAGCCAGAGGCAUUCAGCGCCGGCGAUCGUGCCUCUCUGCUUAACGACGCCUUCGCCCUGGCCGAUGCCACCCAGCUGCCCUACGAGAUCGCCUUCGAUAUGACCAAAUAUUUAGAUAAGGAACUGGAGUAUGUGCCCUGGAGCGUGGCUGCCUCCAAGCUGACCUCGCUGAAGCGCACUCUCUUCUACACCAGCAGCUAUGCCAAGUUCAAGAAAUAUGCCACAGCUCUGAUUGAGCCCAUUUACACGUCGCUCACCUGGACGGUGGGAGAGGAUCAUUUGGAUAACCGCCUACGCGUGACCGCUUUGAGUGCUGCCUGUUCCUUGGGUCUGGAGUCCUGUUUGACAGAGGGCGGUCAGCAGUUCAAGUCCUGGCUUGCCACGCCCGAUAAGCGACCCAGUCCCGAUGUGCGCGAGACGGUCUACUACUAUGGCAUGCAGUCGGUGGGUAAUCAGGAGAUUUGGGAUGCAGUCUGGGAGCUGUUCAUCAAUGAGGCCGAUGCCAGCGAGAAAUCGAAGCUUAUGUAUGGCCUGGCCGCCGUGCAGGAGCCCUGGCUGCUGAGACGCUACAUUGAUCUGGCCUGGAAUGAGGAGUAUGUGCGCGGACAGGAUUACUUCACCUGCUUGACCUACAUCUCGGCCAAUCCCAUGGGCGAGUCGCUGGUGUGGGACUAUGUGCGCGAGUACUGGCCGCAGCUGGUGACCCGCUUUGGUCUGAACGAACGCUACUUGGGCAAUCUGAUACCAUCGAUAACGGCGCGGUUCCACACCCAAACCAAGCUGGAAGAAAUGGAACAGUUCUUUGCCAAGUAUCCAGAGGCCGGCGCGGGCACAGCAGCGCGUGUGCGUGCACUGGAGACGGUCAAGAACAACAUUGUGUGGCUGGCCGAAAAUCUCGAAAGCGUCGACGCCUGGCUGGAAAAGCAGCAGCGACUGAACUAGAUACGAGCACCGGGCAAACUAGGACAAUCGAAGUGGUCAAAGUCACAUCGAUUUUUUGACUCACUGAAUUGGCAUUGUAAAGAUUAGACAACUGUGGCGAAACCCACAAAUACAAAUAAAGAAAU